GAUAAGCUCCUCUUUGUGCAUUGUGCAAAAAUCCUGCCAGCGAAGUCUCGGUUUGCUCCUCCAUGAGGAAUGGUCUUCCUUUAAGAGGAGGAAGUACAAACCUAAAGAGCCCCAAGUCUACAGGUUGAGCGAUGGGGUGGAGUGAAAACUUGGCUUCAGGAUUCACCAUCUUCACCAUCUUCUUGCUUGUCAUCACAAUCAUGGACCAUCACUGGAUCUAUGUCCAGUCAGAGAGGCAGUCUUAUUACAGUGGCAUUUGGAAAGUCUGUAAGAAGCUGGUGUGUGCUGACAUCAUUGCUGUCUCACCCAAUGUUCAAGGUGCAAAAACACUGUUGGUUAUGGCUCUUUUUUCCGGUUUUGUCGGCGUUUCAUUUAUGACAUUCACCUACCGCUAUUCCUCAAGCUUUACAAUAUACCGGUACCUCAUUUCAGGAAUGGGAUCUUUUAUCACAGCUGCCUUGGUCUUUUUAGCCAUGAGUGUUUACACCAUCCGCAUCUCCACCCAUGGAAUCGUCAGAACAGGGAAAGUCACAUACCAGUGGGCUUUCUACAUUGCCUGGGCAAGCUGUCCUCUCUUCAUUUUGAGUGGUUUUUGUGGACUGAUGGCUCACCAGCAGGUUCUGAUGCAAGCAACUGCCUUGUCCGACAAAGAAAGCACGACCACCACCUCCUCCACAAGCUGGACCACUGCUUCAUCCAGCUUUGUUGAAGAAGAAGAUGGCAAAAAGAAACAGGGGGAGGAAGAUCAAGAAGAACAAACAGGGUCCGAAGACGCUAGUAUAGAUAGUAGAAAACCUUCUAGUCCUACGCUUUCCGUAGUUGUGUAAUGAGGAAGGAGUGAUUUAUAGUGAUUUACUGAUACCUCUCACAAAUUGCAUAUGAGAGAACUGUGUGUCAAGAUGGGUGAGAGAGAUGCUGGGUGGAGAGGUUCACAGUAUGCCCCAAUUGCC